CGUCAAUUCAGCGCGACAGGAACGUCACUUCCGCCCCCAGAGCGAAGCCGGUUUCGAUUCGGUUGAGGCGUACAGGAAGUGACGUCAUCCAGUAAACAGCGGCCGCUGCAGAGGGGGAGCACGUGGUUGGCAGGAGAUAAGAGGCUGCACUACACGUCUGAGGGCCACCAUGGUAUUUUUCACCUGCAAUGCCUGUGGCGAGUCCCUGAAGAAAGCACAAGUAGAGAAGCAUAUCUCCUUCUGCCGGAACUGUCAGUGCCUGUCCUGUAUCGAUUGUGGUAAAGAUUUCUUGGGGGACGACUAUAAAACCCACCUGAAGUGCAUAACAGAGGAUGAGAAAUAUGGAGGCAAAGGCUUUGAAGCAAAAGGCUUUAAAGGGGAUGCGAAGCAGCAGCAGUGGCUCCAGAGGAUUAAAGAAGCAAUGAAAAAGCCAAACCUCAGCAACGGUAUAAGGAAUAUUUUAAAUCAAAUUAGUACAUAUGAUAACAUUCCCAGGAAGAAGGCUAAAUUCCAGAACUGGAUAAGAAACAGUAUAAAAGUCAAUGAUCCAGCACUGCAGGAUGAAGUGUGGGACAUUUUUGAAGACUCUUCUAGUAAUGAAAAAGACAACACUAAUAACAAUGCACCCUCUAACACAACUGAACCUGAGAGCAAAGCUGAGUCUUCUUCAGCAACAGAGGAAAGCGAGAAGAAAAAAAGCAAGCGGGAGCGGAAGGAGGAAAGGAAGAAAAAAAAUAAGAAAGAGAAAAAAGAUCUGAGUUCAGAGGAGCAGAACGGCACAAAAAAGAAGGCAAAGAAGCGGAAAAUGGAAGAGGAUGAGAUUCCCGAGACAGGUGAUGAGGAGGCCACAAGAAAGAAGAAAAAGAAACAUCAAAAACAUAAGGGUGAUGAGGCCUUCGAGGAGGAGGAGGAGGAGGAAGAAGCUUCAGGGGUAAAAAAGAAGCAGAAUGAUUCUGAAGGGGAAGAACAGGAAGAGCAGGCAGACGAAAAUGGUGCAGAUGAAAAUGUCGAUGAGGAAAGCGGUAAAAAAGGUAAAUUUAACUGGAAGGGAACAAUCAAGGCAUUGCUGAGACAAGCUCCUGACAAUGAGCUGCCAAUCAAGAAACUGAGGAAGAAGGUCAUUGCACAGUAUUACGUGAUCUCCUCUGAGCAGCACAAAUCUGAGGAGGAGCUUCUUGCCACCUUUAACAAGAAAAUACAUAAAAAUCCAACAUUCCGAGUAUUAAAAGAAAGAGUAAAGCUAGUAAAAUAAGUGCAAAUGUAUUUAUUGUUCACUAAAAAAUAGUUCUACCAUAAUCUCUUUUGUAUACUGUUUUAAGUGAGUCCAACAAAAAAAAUACAAUACUUACCUAACACUUUUUGACAUUGUCCCCACCCCCCUUAAUUUAAAAGGUUUCCAUUUAAAUAGUUUUUCUUACAAAGAUAUUGUUGAUGCAUAAGUUACGGGGAAAAAACCCUUUUUCUCUGUCCAGUCCUGCGCCAGUCAUCUAAGGCUAUGUUCACAGGAGCGUUCGGAGCUCCGUUUGCUGAAUUUGCUAAAAUGACUGAACUUUAUUGGAGAAAAGAAUCCUGCAGGUCUGGUUUUUUUUUUCUCCGCUAAAGUCUUGCAAAAUAAAGGACAUCUAAGGGAACCCCAUUCAAAGUGAACAGGACCUGCGGGAUUCAUUGAUGUCAAUUGUGACCCACUCUGUCCCAGCCCAGUUAUCAACAGCAAUAAUGGAGCUCCGUGAUGCUGAUGUGAAAGAGGCCGAAGGAGUAUGAGAAGUAGAGAUGAGCGAACUUGCAGUAAAUUUGAUUCGUCACGAACUUCUCGGCUCGGCAGUUGAUGCCUUUUCCUGCA